AUGAUCAAGAAGAGGAUUAGUAAGGAUUAAAAUAAUUGUUAAAAAUACAAAAAUUCUAAUAAAUCUAGAAAAUAUUGGACUGAAGAGGAAGAUAAUAUCUUAAAAUCAACAGUUUAGUUGCAUGGUUCAGAUUGGAAGCUCAUUGCUGAGUAUUUGAAUGGACGAAAUGCUAGUUAAUGUGCUUAAAGAUGGAAGAGAGUCAAACCUGAUAAUGUAAUUUUAUAUUAAUGUAUUUAUUAGGAAGAAAAAAAUUAAAAAUGGACACCUGAAGAAGAUGAAAAAGUUAAGAGGUUAACUAAAGAAUAUAAGUUUGAUUGGAAGGUGAUUGCUCGUUUUCUCUCAAAUAGAACUGGAAGGCAAAUUAGAGAACGAUAUAUAAAUCAUCUAGACCCAAAUAUAACCACUAAGGCAUGGAGUUAAUAAGAAGAUUUAAAAAUAUGGACCUUAUACAAAAAGAUAGGAUCAAGAUGGUCUGAGAUGGCAAAGAAACUAAAAGGAAGACCAGUAAAAUUUUUAGUUUAUUAUCUUUUUAGGAGAACAUGAUUAAGAAUAGAUUUUAUGGAUAUAUUAGAAAAAAUUAUGCUAAACAAGAAAAUCCUUACUAUAUAGUACCUAAUCAAAAGAGAUAACUUAAUAGGGAGGAUGAUCAAGUUGAAAUUUUAAAUAAUCAAAAUACUCUUGAAACAGGAAUUUAAGAUAUUGAACCAUAAAUCAUCGAACAAAUUUAAUAAAAUAAAUCAAUAUAAUAAUAAGAUGAAUAAUCUUAAUCAGGCAUCCAUUCUAUAUUGUAAUCACUAUAAUCUGAAAAACACAACCUUAGCAUGAUAAGCAAUCAAUAAGAUCUUCAAUAAUUAUAACUGUUUCAUAAAAUGUUUAUAGAAUCAUCAGAAAAUGAGUUUAUGAAAUUUGACCAUCAUCCAGUUAAUUAUUUAUCAAAUGAAAGCAAUAUUCAUAGUUAUGCUAACAGUCAUAACUAAUUUACAUAUACACCUCAAAAAGAAGAGGAGAAUGAUAACUUUCUCAAUCAAUUUUUAUAAGUUGAAGGUUCCUCUGUACCUGUUGCAAUGAGAGCCGAUAUAUUUGAAGAAUUUUAAAAAUACUCUUAAAUAGAGUAUUGAAA